AUGACGAAGAGCUCUCCUCCUUCGAUUCAAGCUCUAUAUGACCUCUGCAGAAAGACCUUCGCGCCCUCAGCGACCCGCCCGCCUUCUUCUCUGGCCAUUAACAAACUCUGCUCCUUAUUGGACACAAUAGGCCCUGCUGAUGUUGGACUUGACAAUGGAAACAAAGAGAACGAUAGAGGUCAUGGUCCUCUUGGAAUUAAGCUAUUCAACAGAGUAAGUAGAUGGGCUCAGCCAAUAACUUACGUGGAUAUGCACGAGGGUGAAAAUUUCACAAUGUGCAUGUUUUGCUUCCCUGCUUCCUCAGUUAUUCCUCUUCAUGACCAUCCUGGCAUGACUGUUUUGAGCAAAGUUCUAUAUGGUUCUUUGCAUGUGAAAGCAUAUGAUUGGGUUGAGCCAGCCAACACCCAGAAAAUCAAGGGAGCAGGUCCUGCUACAGUGAAAUUGGCUAAAUUGGUAGUCGAUGAAGUCCUGACAGCACCGUGUAGUACAUCUGUUCUGUACCCAAAGAGCGGAGGGAAUCUGCACUCUUUUACUGCAAUAACUCCUUGUGCUGUGCUUGACAUCCUUGCACCUCCUUAUGAUGAAGUUGCUGGUAGGAAAUGUACUUACUACCAUGAUUAUCCGGGUUCCAGCUUCCCGACGGGAGAUGACGGACAUGAGAAUGGUGUUGAAAACGUGGACUACGCAUGGCUUGCAGAGAUCAACACACCAGAGGAUCUGUAUAUGCGGCCAGGGAUCCUCUUCAUGGUCCAUGAUGCUAGCAGAUGUCAGCACAAUGUAUCUAAACUGAAAAGAUGCUUAGCAAUUAGCAUUCGCUUGGGAUUGACAGUAUACCAUUCAACAUAUGAUGUAGAAGCUUAUCUUUCCGAUUCUCUAGUUUUCUAUAUCCCAGUAACAAUGGAACCCAUGGAUAUUGUUGGUAAAACAAAAGAGGAUGCUUCGCUUCCUAAAGCAACUAUGACGAAAAUUAUUAAGGAGAUGCUCCCACCUGAUGUUCGUGUUGCAAGAGAUGCUCAGGAUCUUUUGAUUGAAUGUUGUGUAGAGUUUAUUAAUCUUGUUUCAUCAGAAUCAAAUGAAGUUUGUAACAGGGAAGAGAGGAAAACAAUUGCACCAGAACAUGUACUCAAGGCUUUACAGGAUCUUGGAUUUGGGGAGUAUAAUGAAGAAGUUUUCGCUGCAUAUGAACAACACAAACUUGAGACUAUGGACACGGUGAGAACUGGGAAAUGGAGCAACGGAGCCGAUAUGAGCGAGGAAGAGGCAUUGGCUGAGCAGCAGAGGAUGUUUGCCGAGGCACGUGCUAGGAUGAAUGGUGGUCCAAUGAUUCCCAAGCCAACAGAUUCUGAUUCUUGCCCAAGUUUGAAUAGCUAG